AUGUUUGAAAGCCAGGGCUUCCAGCACUACAUCCCAAAUACCUCGAGAGCUGUGGCUCUCAGCACCACUGUUGCUAAAUGGGCAGGAUUCUCAACGUCAGUGGCACUGAGGCAGACGUUGUGGCGGAGAAGGGCAGUGGCUGUAGCUGCCCUUUCCGUUUCCAGGGUUCUGACCAGGUCCUUGAGGACUUCCACAUGGAGAUUGGCACAGGACCAGACUCAAGACACACAACUCAUAACAGUUGAUGAAAAAUUGGAUAUCACUACUUUAACUGGUGUUCCAGAAGAGCAUAUAAAAACUAGAAAAGUCAGGAUCUUUGUUCCUGCUCGCAAUACCAUGCAGUCUGGAGUAAACAACACAAAGAAAUGGAAGAUGGAGUUUGAUACCAGGGAGCGAUGGGAAAAUCCUUUGAUGGGUUGGGCAUCAACGGCUGAUCCCUUAUCCAACAUGGUUCCAAGCUUCCGUACUAAAGAAGAUGCAGUUUCCUUUGCAGAAAAAAAUGGAUGGAGCUAUGACGUUGAAGAGAGGAAGGUUCCAAAACCCAAGUCCAGGUCUUAUGGUGCAAACUUUUCUUGGAAGAAAAGAACAAGAGUAUCCACAAAAUAGGUUGUCACUGACUAUAUCUGUGCUUGACUGUGAAUAAAGUCAGCUGUGCAGUAUUUAUAGUCCAUGUAUAAUACAUCUCUUAAUCUCCUAAUAAAUUUGACCUUUAAACUCCAAAAAAAAAAAAAAAAAAAGAAA